AUGGACCACCCCAAUGGCUCUGUCCCUCCAGCAGCAGCAGCAGCAGCCAAGCACAAGCACUCGAGCGCGUUCCCCGAGACGGACGAGUGCCUAGUACAAGCAAAUGGCGUCUCGACGCUACCGGCUGAGCCCAUUGCUGCACCACUAUCGGACGACGUGUCAAGUCUCGAGACGCUGCAGCGUGUGCAGAGUGAGUACAAGCCACUGAUGACGGACCUCACGGGUCGAUUCCGCUGUCUCCGCGCGUUAUUGAGCGAGUUCUGGCCCGAGUUGCAGCGGGACCCGAGGGACGAGACGCAGCUGCCGGUGGACAGUGACCAGCAGUGGUUCUGGUUUACUGAGCUGCAGUUUAUGGUCAUUUUCCUCUAUGAAGUGGCGUUCAUGGAGUUCUCCGUGAGCGUGACGAAGCCAGACUCGAUCACUCUGAAGCCAGUGGACGAAGAGGAAGAGAACCAGCAGCAGAAGAAGCACAAAACAAUGACAACUACGACCGUGACCAGGAGGACGACUAUGACGUUGUCGGAUCGUCACGAUAUGGAAGAGCGCGUUGCGUUUUUAGGCCGGCUCAAGACGUACGUGACUGAUCUGGCUACGUGUCGCUUGGAGGCGACGAAGAAGGCGGACAAGAGGAUGCCUCGAGUGUUUCGACUCGCCGAGAUGUACAAGUUGUCGACUGGAGAGACGACGUUAUUGCAGCUGCUUGUGGUCAUGCAGGGGUGUCAGAGCAAUGCCGUCCGGUGUCAGAUUCUGGAUGAAGAUGUGCAACGCCGCGGCUUGACUUGUCAGCGACUCUCGGGACUUUCGGAAAUAGAUGUGGCUGAGUUUCGCGACGAUGAACGCGAACACGUGAAGGAGGGCACGCUUAUUGUGGAUGAAGAGUCCUACGGCAUGUCGCUGACGCUGUCCAAUAUAUGCGUGCGUGUGUUGCUGGGACGACAUUUGACGAGUAACCAAGCACUGAAAUUGAGUCAGACGGCGCUGGAAGAGCUGCUCGAGGGCGAGGGAUUGUCUUUUGGGGAAAUGCUAGACACAACGACCUCUUCGACGUCGACCGAUGCGAAUGCUCGUCGACACAAACGCGAUCGCAGCGUGGAAAAAAUAGUGCUGGAUGGGGGACAUGAACAAAAGGAUGCGGACCAACAGCUAGAUGACGCAAGCGAUAGCGAGAUGGAUGUUUGUAAUGAACAGGAGGAUGCCAGUGCAUCGGCUUUCUCGUUCAUUGGCAAGUACAAGACGGAGCGUGCUAGCAACCAGGCGAAGGCCGACGACCAGUUGUUGCUAAAGUCGGGAGAGACUGGCAAUGGCAAGCACCAAUUAUCGUCUUGUUUAGUUGAUUCAAGCGAGUUGAAGCCGUACAGCCCAGAGAAUCAGCUUGAAUACCUCGAGGAUCGGUUCCAAGUUGUGGCGUUUGCCAUUCGAGCGUCUGGUGCACGCGUAAAGGAUCAGAUGAAAGAAGCAGGCACAAAGCAGCCGUGGGAAACGUCCACACCAGCAUCUGCAGGCCGAAGGGAGCUCAAGGCGAAGCAGCGAGUAUACAAUCGCCGUACUCAGCACCGAUUGGCACUGACGCAGCAAGCUGGUCACUCUUUGCCGCGACUGGAGGAGCUGGCUGCUAAGUUCAAGUUGAACCGAUUUGAGCAGAACGUGAUUGUCAUGCUGAUUGGUAAGACCAUUUCGCCCGUCAUCAAGAACUUGAUCGAUGGCGUGGAUACGUCUCCUGUGCAGCGCAUGGACGAGAGCGUGAUUAUCAAUCAAAUUCUGUCGAUUUUCUGCGAUACUUUCCAGGAGCAAGUGGCGCACCGUGUGUUCUUUUACAAGUCCUCGCGUCUACUGACCCGCGGCCUUGUCAAGCUCCACCGGGGGCGGUGGCACUCUACAGCGGGAGACCUCGUUGAUCAGCGUGUUGAACUAGACCGUCGCGUGUUAGAUUGGGUGGUUGGCCUUGACACGGAAAUGAAUGAGCUGGUCGAAGGCUCGGACUUGUACACGCCCAAGGUGCAACUGGAUCAGGUGGUGAUGCCCGAAGAGCACAAAAGCACCAUCCUGGAGACUGCUGAAAGCUAUGAAAGUUUUCGGCGAUACCGCAAGAAGAGCGGAUUGGAGCAGGCAGGAAUGGCGUAUGGUGCUGGUCUAGUUUUGUUACUCUGUGGCGCUAGUGGCACCGGUAAGACGAUGACUGUAAACGCAGUGGUGCAUCAUCUGAAGAAACGCGUGUUACUGGUGGACUUUCCAUCGCUUCAGGGGAAGCGCCAAGAAGGCGUAGAGGCUGACGCGGACUUGCGUGGUCUGUUUCGCGAAGCCGACAUGAGCAACGCUGUGCUUUUCUUUGACGAGUGCGAGAACAUUUUUCGGCAACGUGAUGGUGGCGGAGAUCGAUUGCUGAACGCUCUGUUGACUGAGAUCGAGCGGUAUGAAGGCAUUGUGUUCCUAGCGACCAAUCGACCGUUCGACCUCGACGAAGCAAUGCAUCGUCGUAUCACUGCUGUGUUCGAAUUCAAGGCACCGGACCAUAUUCAGCGGCGGAAGAUUUGGGAUGUGCUUUUGCUGCGUGGAGCUCUGCAAGUCGAGCCUAGUAUUGAUUUGGAUGCCAUUGCACUGAAGUAUGAACUUAGUGGUGGUUUCAUCAAGAACGCCAUCCUGUCUGCUCUUUUGAAAGCCAUCUCACGAAGUGGCGAGUCCCCAGUGAUUUCACAAGCUGACAUUGUGGCCGGCUGUGCGCUGCAAAUGCGCGGCAGCUUGCACAUGAAGACGUUUGAUCAUCGUGUCGUGCCCACGAGUGGAUUGGAUGAGCUUAUUGUUGAUGAGUCCGUGAAGGAGAAAUUGCGCCGAAUCGUGCACUUUGAGAAGGCGCGUAGUGUGAUUUACGGGCAGUGGGGAUUCGAUUUCGGGCAGUCCAACAAGCAGCAGAAGGGUGUGAGUGUGUUGAUCUGUGGCCCACCAGGUAUCGGGAAGCUCAAUGCUGCGAAGAGUAUCGGGUUUGAGAUUGGCCGUCCUCUGAAGGUGGUCAGCUUUGGUCAGCUGGCAGCCGACUCGGCUGCUGCUACCCGCAAGGCGCUGCGUGCUGUAUUCGAUGAUGCUCGUCUGAUGGAUGCCGUGCUGGUGCUUACCGGUUUCGAGUCGUUUGGCAGCCACAUUGAAGGAGGCAUCAUUCCGAUCGAUAACCUCGAGGCGUCGCCUCGUUUCCGCAUGGAGGUGAUGCGUCUUCUGGAGCUUAUCGACACUUUCCCGAGCACGACCAUUUUGCUGGCCGAUGUAGAAAAGGUGGCGUCGUCGUCACUGAUCCAGUCGGAGUUCUGCCGCCGUCUCAAGUUUGUCGUGGAGAUGCGAAAUCCGAACGCAAAGCUCCGUGAGAAGCUCUGGCGCGCAUGCUUUCCUCCCAAAGCACCGCUGGAUACCAAGAAACCCAUUGACUUCCAGCGCCUGGCUGAUCGUUUUGAUUUGAGCAGCACAGCCAUCAGUGACGCAGUGUUCCGUGCGGCUGCUAGCGCAGCUCUGCGUGAAGAAAGCAGUCGCGUGAUUACGAUGAAGGACCUCGUUGAUGCCGCUGAAAUCGAGCGACAAAAAGCUCGUGGCGGCGCUGCGGCCAUGGAAAACCUGUUUGUCUAA